GGGUUUCUUUCCGGUUCCUUAUCUUCAUUCCAGUGCUCUAUAAAUUCAGAAUAUCCCCACAACAUCCCUUCCCCAAUUCUCUCCUUCCAUCCUACACGCGGACAUCAAUUUCCCCUCUCCAUUACUUGGAUCUGGUCAGGAUGUUCCCCAAGCUUCUUUUAUUUCAUAUUACUGCUCUUCUAUCAGUAAACACACUAGUACGUGGUGCGAAUCUAGGUCAAUGGGGGCCCUUGAUCGAGUUUCCUUUAGUUCCAGUAGCUGCAGCACUACUACAUGAUACUGGAGAACUCCUCGUCUGGUCAGCAUAUUCUACCGACACAUUUGGACCCACGAUAUCUGGGCAGACACAGACUGCCAUAUACAAUCCAGCUACAGGUGCUGUCACCAAGAAAACUAUCACGAAUACGCAGCACGACAUGUUUUGCCCAGGAAUAUCUGUCGACUUCACUGGCAGAAUCAUGGUCACUGGAGGGGACACCGCUGCGAAGACGAGUAUCUACGAUGUGACAGGAAAUGAUUGGAUUGCUGCACCAGAUAUGAAGAUCCCUCGGGGCUACCAAGCAUCGGCAAUCCUUUCAGAUGGUCGGACCUUUGUGAUCGGAGGCUCUUGGAGUGGUGGAAUAGGCGGGAAGAAUGGCGAGAUCUAUGAUCCUACCAAGAACUCAUGGUCGCUCCUUCCUGGCUGCCCUGUAGCGCCUAUGCUCACAGCUGAUAAUGCGGGUGUAUUUCGUCAAGACAACCACGGUUGGUUAUUUGCCUGGAAGAAUGGAUAUGUGUUCCAAGCAGGGCCAAGCAAACACAUGAACUGGUACGGUACGACAGGCAGCGGCAGCCAAACAGCCGCUGGUCUCCGGGCAAGUGAUACAGAUUCCAUGGCCGGUAAUGCCAUCAUGUACGACGCUGUUGCAGGCAAGAUCCUGACCGUAGGAGGAGCACCAGACUACAAUGGCAGUAGGGCUACAAGAAACGCUCAUGUGAUCACAAUUGGGACUCCUGGAUCAACUCCAUCAGUUGUGCAGAUCAACACAAUGUGGUACGCCCGUGCCUUUUCCAAUGGCGUUGUUCUCCCAGAUGGCAAGGUUUUUAUUACUGGUGGUCAGACUUUCACCGACCCUUUCACGGAUAACAACGCCAUCCUUACUCCUGAGCUUUGGGAUCCGACAACUACCAAAUUCGUUAAAAUGGCUUCCAAUCAGACUCCUCGCACCUAUCACUCUGUCGGUCUUCUCAUGCAAGAUGGCACUGUCUUCGCUGGCGGUGGAGGACUUUGUGGCUCCUGCCACACGAACCACUUGGAUGGGCAAUUUUAUUCCCCGCCCUACCUCUUUGCGAGUGAUGGAGUCACUCGAGCUACACGCCCAGCGAUCUCCUCCCUGUCCGCGACAACAGUCAAAAUUGGAGGCAGCAUAACAGUCACCAUGGCUGGGGCUGUUAACAGCUUCUCUUUGAUCCGAAUGGCCAGUACGACCCACACGGUGAACACAGAUCAGAGAUGUAUCCCAUUGACACCAACUGUCAGUGGGCUGAAGUAUACAAUUAUGGUGCCUGGAGAUGCCGGUGUUGCUUUGCCCGGUUAUUGGAUGCUCUUUGCUCUUGACUCUGCCGGGGUGCCAAGUUUAGCAAAGACAGUGCUUAUUACACUAUAAACAAAAAAUGGUCACUGCUGCAUCACCCCUUUGGCGGCGGAUUAUUUUGCCCCAUAUAUAGUAAGCUCCCUCCCACUGCCGGGACGCACGUCUGAAUAAAAUCUUGUCCUUCUGUCGGCCAGUCCCGACGCGGGAGCAGUUAUGGUCGAGGGAAGCGGGGUUCAAGGCGAGGAGGAUUGGGGGGGAUCAGAUACACCACAAAAGAAAAUAAAGAGGUUCACAUCGGAAGGAGACAUAUGGCGCAACAUCGUUACUAGCAACAAUUAAUGUACUAUACAAUAAGUUCGCCCGUUUAUUGGCAUCCCUCGUAUUAUUAUAUCGUACAGUUUCUCUAGACCUGUUUGCAGAAAAAAGAAAACAUCAAACCCUGAGCUGC